CCCCCCCCCCCCCCCCCACCUACAUCACUCCGCGCACUUCACUUUACUGACACACGACAACUUUCCAACAGGAAACCUUACUUUGACGAUACCGCCUGACGUUUUUCUGCCUCUUUGCUGCUGGGUGUUUUUGGGGCCCAGUGCUCGGACCCAGCCAUGAGCAUCAUCGGGGCUGAGGACGAGGACUUUGAGAAUGAUCUGAAUGACGUGGUGGAGGACGAGUGCAAGUGUUUCGGCAGCAUCGAGCUUCUGAAAGAUCGUCCAACGCACCUGCUGGUGUUCAUGCAACAUGUCAUCCUCCAGUUUGACCCUGCUCCACUGCUGUGUUACCUCCAUGCUGAACUACUGAAGAACCUCAAUGCCAAAGAAACCAAGAAACAGUUUGUGGAGUUCCACAACACAUUCAUGGACAAAGGGGCAAUCCUCAAAGUUUCAGUGCCACCUCACAUAGCCACUGAACUGGACCGGACCCGCGCAGAUAUGCUGUCUGAUGACGUCCAAAAACGUUUUGCCUACGAGGUCCAGUUCAUGCAGGCCGUCGAAGUGGCCAAACAGCUGGAAGACUUCAGGCAGAAGAGGAUGAUGGGAAUGACGCCCAACGAGGCCGAGCUAAUCGAUGUGGAGAACCAUUAUCCCACAGACCGCGUCCCCAUGGAGAUGAAGGAGAAGUCUGUCGCCGAGAACCUGCUUGACAAGAUGUCUGAGACACAACCCACCAUCGUCUCGGAUGAGGAGAAAUGCCAAUCCAUCUUCUCGGCGGUGGCCUACUACAUGAAACACCUCGGGGUGAAAACCAGAGCAGUGGACAGUAAAAAGUCCAGAGGAGGCUUCUUCCGCAGACAGCUGGUCAAGAGUAAGAAGGAUGAGUCCACCAAGACCAAGCCCAGGGGGGGCUUUCCAGGCAUCCCCAGCUGGAUUGCAGGCAACCCUGAGGUCAAACCUAAAAUGGAAGCUGAAGCGGACAAGGAGAAAGGCAGUCAGGAGCGUAAGGGUCCCACGCCCUCCCGAGGAUCCUUCGUUGACCCCGUGGCGCCCUCCCUCCCCAGCAGGAAGUCGGGUUCCAGCGGAGGCUCCACCCCACUGCCGACAUUAGAGGUCACGGAUGGCAACGCCAGCAUCAGCAACAGCCCUGAGUCUUUGCACCCUGAUGGUCUUUCUAGCAACCGUUUAGAGCCGCCGGUCUUAUCCGACCGGGGAGACGUGUCCCCCGUUGGUCUCGGAGGCUCGCUGGCCGUCGGGGAGCCCUUCUCCACCGGUGACAGCCUCACGGAGGAGACUUUGGAGAAAGACAGACGGAAGAAAAGUAAGAAGGUAGCACGUAGCGAGAGCGCUCGCACGGAUCGACACCUCACGCGCCGCCGCGGCUCGUCCCGAAACAAACAGUCCCGCUCUCGUAGCGACGUCGACCUGCAGCCGUCCACCAUGACGACCAUAGCGGCGGCGCUCAACCCCUUUUCCAAUGAAGGACCCAUUCAACCCCAGGAGGGCUCGGGCUCCUCGCCCGCAAGCCCCGCCCCUCAGCCGGAGGAGAUGGAGCCACGCCUCCUGGAGUUUGAGCAAGACCCGCCCAACUGGAGGGAGCUGGCCUCCCCGGAAGCUCUGUCCAGCCUCAGCAAGAAGGAGACCAAGAGGCAAGAGGUCAUCAACGAGUUGUUCGCCACCGAGCACGCCCACGUGCGCAUGCUAAGUGUCCUUCAGAUGAUCUUCUCCAGGCCUUUGGAGAGAGAGGAGCUGCUGACCGCCACAGAGCUGGCUGCCAUCUUCCCCAACCUGGACGAGAUCAUUGAAAUGCACUAUAACUUCUACGAGAACCUGAAGAAACUGCGUCUGGAGGACAACUUUAUCGUCAAGUCCAUCAGCACCACAGUACUCAACAGAUUCGAGGGUACGGAAGGCGAAUGGUUCCAGAAACUGACAGCCCGCUUCUGCAGUCACCAGUCGUGGGCCCUAGACCAGAUCAAGAGCCGGCAGAAGAAAGAACCUCGCUUCAACUCGUUCAUACAGGAGGCGGAGAGCAAGCCUCAGUGUCGGAGGCUGCAGCUGAAGGACAUUAUUCCCUUUGAGAUGCAGAGGCUCACCAAGUACCCACUGCUGCUGGAGAACAUUGCAAAGAACACUGAGGAUCUGAAUGAGAAGGAGCGAGUCCAUCAGAGUGCGGAGUGCUGCAGAAAGAUCCUCAACCAUGUCAAUGACGAGGUCAAAGAUAUGGAGAACCUUCUGAUACUAAAGGAAUACCAGCGUCGACUGGACACAUCGGGACUAAAGCCCAGUAAUGAUCUUUAUACAGAAUAUAAGAACAUCGACCUGACACACAAGAAAAUGCUGUUUGAAGGUCCUCUGACUUGGAAGGUCACCAAGGAGAAGGCUUUCGAGGUCCAUUGUGUCCUGCUGGGAGACCUGCUGGUGCUCCUGCAGAAGCAGGACGACAAGAUGGUCCUUAAGUGUCAGAGCAAAAGCACCAUCGCCAUCCAGGAGGGCAAGCAGAUGUUGAGCCCCAUCAUAAAACUGGACUCCGUUUUCCUACGCGAGGUGGCCACAGAUCGAAAGGCCUUUUACGUGAUAUUCACCUGGGACAGUGGCGCUCAGAUCUAUGAGCUGGUUGCUCAAUCCUUUGGCGAGAGGAAAAUGUGGACUAAUGCGAUCAAGUCGGCCGUGGAUGAUCUGAAGAAGAGCGUAGCGCCCAUGAGGCCGACGCUGCCCCCUGGAAGCGGAGGAGCUUCGUUCAGUCACCCAGGGCUGACGGCGCCCCUCAGCCCCACGGAGAACGGCGGUUUGAAAAGCAGCGGCGAUCGAGAUAAGGACAGCUUGACGGAUGACAAAUCAUCCGAUCCGAGGCACUCGCUGAUCGACUUCCUGUCGGACAAAGGCUUCGACUUACUGGGCCACUCCAACAGCGAUCACGAGAAGGUGGCCGCCAACGCUUUGGGCGAAGUCACCAUGCUGAAAAGGCUGCUGGUUGGAAGCAUCAGUCUGUCGGAGGGCUUUCAGCCGGAGGAAGAGAACGGAGAUGAGCCCAGUCUCGAAAUGUAUAGCUGUCAAUCAACAGAAGAAGGUCAGGCCACAGAGCGAGGCCUGGAGGAGGAAAAGGAAGGCGGAGGAGCGAAAAAAGAGGACAAUGACGGCCUCCCUUCAGAGAGCGCCCGGCUGGUUCUGUCCCACGAGAGGUUGGCGGAAGUGUGCCGGAGCCUCCUCAGUCUGGAGGCGCAAAUAAAGAGACUCCAGACGGUAGAAGAGGAUCACCACAGGCUGCAGGAGGCCCUGUCCAAGUUCUCCCUGGAGGGCGGUAACUUUGCCUGAGACGUCAUCACGUCACCUGCUGGCCACUAGACUGCUACCGGUGCUGCUUUGGAGUGCUUUCCAGGAACUUCCUCAAGCUCUGCCUUCAAAAGAAAACGCUGUCGAGGAAAAUCGUUUUUUUGCGGCCAGUGCGGUGGUUCACUGAUAGAACGUGGGAUGUGCGGGCGUGCGUGCGUGCGUGCGAGUGUGUGUGUGUGUGUGUGUGUGUGUGCGUACGCUUGAUAGAGGAUUACAAAGAAGAAGAAGAAAAAACGACCGUGAUGUUGUUUUUCUUUCCGGGGUGCCAAAAACAAGCAAUACUCUGCGAGACAUGCUGCCUUCAUAAGAUGUACUUAUUUGCUGUAACACGCAUAUGCACAACGUUGUUGCCAAACAGAUCACGACAAGGCUGCCUUUGCGAGCCCCCCUGCUGUUAUUUCUAUGCCAAAAUGCAACAGAACACUUUUGCUGUGGUGCAAAACACACUUUGACUCAAUUCUUCCAUCAUUUUUGAAGGCGACGCAUGUGCAUAGGUGUGUUACCUUUUUUUUUUUUUUUUUUGUAUUGUCAUAAGGAGGUCACUAGGAAAACAUUUAUAAAUAGUCGCCGAAAAAUCUGUUCAUAUUGGAGACUUGCUGUUUGUAUUUACUGUUAUUUAUUCCUUUUUGGGGUUUAGUGACCUCCUGGAGCACUGGGCCCCCCCCCCCCUCCUCCCCGCCGAGAGACGAAGGCUAACAUAGAAGGUGAAGCAGGCGGGCAGCAGCAGGCCACGAACGUAGCGAGACGGUGAGAUUUAGAGUGUUGGAAUAAAUGUGAGCGUACAGUAGGUAGUUAACGUACAGUAGGUAGUUACAGUAACUAAUGAUUCACUGGAGGGGCUCAGUGCUGCGCCGGUUCACGCAAACUGCUUUAUUUUUACUCUGCAGUCGCGUGUAUGACAAUAUAAUCUCUUCAACUGUGGCCGAGCUUGCAUGCAGGACCAAAACGUGCAGUUAAUUAAGCUUAUUAUUAUUAUUAUUAUUGUUGUUAUUGCAUGCCAGCUCUUUACCGUCGCCAAACUACAACAAGAAAAAUAGCAAAAAUUAGGGAAGGCAUUUAACAAGUCCUGAUAACACCAAUAUUACCCUACUUUUCGGAGUAUAAGUCGCACCGGCCGAAAAUGCAUAAUAAAGAAGGAAAAAAACAUAUAUAAGUCGCAUUUUUUGGGGGAAUUUAUUUGAUAAAAUCCAAUGUCAAAUACAAGAUGAGCUUCCUAAAAAUAUUAAAUUUCCUUUGCACAACAUAUUAUAAAUACACCUUGUACACAACAUAAACACUGUUCAAUUAUAUACACAGUAAAGACAUGUGAAAUAUCCCUGUACCGUAUUUUUCGGAGUAUAAGUCGCUCCGGAGUAUAAGUCGCAGCGGCCGAAAAUGCAUAAUAAAGAAGGAAAAAAACAUAUAUAAGUCGCAUUUUUGGGGGAAAUUUAUAUGAUAAAAGCCAACAGCAAGAAUAGACAUUUGAAAGGCAAUUUAAAAUAAAUAAAGAAUAGUGAACAACAGGCUGAAUAAGUGUACGUUAUAUGAGGCAUAAAUAACCAACUGGUAUGUUAACGUAACAUAUUAUGGUAAGAGUCAUUCAAAUAACUAUAACAUAUAGAACAUGCUAUACAAUCUGUCACUCCUAAUCGCUAAAUCCCAUGAAAUCUUAUACGUCUAGUCUCUUACGUGAAUGACAUCAAUAAUAUUAUUUGAUAUUUUACGGUAAUGUGUUCAUCAUUUCACACAUAAGUCGCUCCUGGGUAUAAACUGCGACUUAUAGUCCGAAAAAUACGGUAGAUAAGGGCAUUUGACGAGUCCUGAUAACUCCAAUAUUAGUUUUUUGAUUGUUUUGUUCUCGUUGAGAUUGGAUCAACAGCGCCUCUGCUGGUUGCAGCCAAGUAGUGCAUUCCAGUUUUCCCUCAACGGCUUCAAUGCAAAAUUUCAUCUCCAGAAAUGACCCUUGUAAAGAAAAAUAACAAAUGUAAAAUAUUGCAAAAUGACCAAACUUGUUAGCAAAUUUGUUUUGAUUUUAAUGCUUAUUAUUUUUGUGUGUCGUACCAACAAAGACACUAGCGGAGCAGUGCUUCUCCAACUGUUUUCACCGAGCACCACCUCAGAAAACAGUGACCGACAUUAAAAUACGGUAGCGCAGCAGGCCUAAGUAUUCAUUGAAAACAAGGCAGAGGUUUAAUUCAACAAAUAUACAGUACAGGUUUUCUUUAUUUUCAUGACUAUUUACAUUGCAGAUUGUCACUGAA